AUGGAUUUGCGAUCCAUGGAUUUGGCGCGCGGUCGCCAAAUCCAUGGAUCGGGGGAGGUGCCCUCCCCCAAAGUGCGGCCGGUGCCGCCUCGCUCGGCGGCGGAAUUCCGCGAUCUCCCAUGGAGACGGGACCCGUCGCUGGUCCACGCCACCCCUUUGAUCCAUGCCUGCGAUCGCCUGGCAGAAGGGCCACCGGGCACAGUGCUGCGGGCCACGGGCGCCCCCGACCCGACUCCUGGGGCGCCACCUCGCCGCCCGCACGAGGCGGCCACGGAGGAGCCACGGGCCACGGGCCGUGGGCCACGGCUGCAGGCACCAGGUCACGAACCACCGAUGCCACCCUUGAGCAUCAGCUCGCACACGAAGCGGCCCUCCCUGCUCAACUUUUGA